GAGAAAAAAAGGGUCAUAAUACAGCACACACCUCUUCUAUUCAUAGGCUGGUAGAUACAUAGCAUAUAUGACAGUCAAUGAAAGAAUCUCGCCCAGUUAGUUAACCGUCUAUACAAAAACCAAUAUAUGACCAAGAAAUCUCGGCCCUACCUGUUCCGCGCUUUCCAGAAUUUGGCUUACUUUUGGACACGUAGCUAUUUUGAGUCUACGUUAAAAUAUAUCAAAGCUCAAACACAAAGUCGUUGCCAGAAUGUCUUUAUAACUACGGUUGAUGGACAUAGACAUUGACGCGCAGAAGUCACAUUUAAUUGAAAGUAAACAGAUAGGCGUUGAGGAUGUCAUUACAUAACGCUGGAUGCGCCGUGAAAGAGGAACGGGGGAGUCAAGGUAUUUCAGAUUAGCGACUUGGCGAUGUGGAUAUAACAACUCUGGGAGGACGUUCUGUUCUGGGGAUGUUCAAAUGAUGUGACAUUCGAGGAAGGAUAACUCGCAGGAGUCCGCCCAGUCGCUUUACGCUGGUACAGGAGAGUAACAAAGUCUGAUUUUGAUUAUCUGUUCCUCAAGAGUGGGCAGGCUUCAUUCUAAGGAUGUGUUUUUCUCUAUUCUGUGAAGUGAACAGCCGGAACGCUAGUGGGGAGUGGUGCGGUGGUCGAGAUGAUUUCAAGGCCUUCAGAAUGAACGGGACGGACACGCAAGAGAAGUGGGAUCAACCUCCAGUGAUACCUGAACAAACUGCAAUCGGCAAUCUUCACUUAUCUUUUGAAUACACCAAGACAAUCUUGAAAAUAAAAGUUUGGCAAGUGAGUGAUUUGCUCCUACCGCCACCCCAGACCUCCUCUAUAGAAUCAGUCUACGUCAGAAGCUACUUUAUACCCGAUACUGUUAAUAAGUCUAGUAGAAGGACAGAGCUAGUACGAGUGGAGCCAGCACAGAAAGAUGGGAACAUUUCAUACAGCCGUCAGAACAGCAUCCAACAUAUUUUUUCUUCUUCGUCCUUCAGUUUUGAAACGCCGUUAAUCUACUCUGGAGUGACACAGGAAAUAAUUGCUGAGAGAAGUCUUCAGCUUGAAGUUUGUAUGACUCAGAAACAAACAGGCAAGACAUUCCUUAUGGCCAUGGUUCACUUGCCGCUGCGCACGGCCGUACGCCGACCUAUUAGGGAGAAAUACCCGCUAAUCCCUUGCGUGAAUCACACUACACCAAACAGUAUGAAGGUAUACAGCGCCAAGGAUAUCAUCAUGAAUGGAUCUAGCUCCUUCUCAAAUAAAUCACCUUUAACUAACAGAGCUUCUUUUUCUGGGAAGAGCUCUGAAAAAGUAAAUCUGUUUGCCCACAGGUUCUCAUCAUUAAAUUUGUCAGAUUCAGAUGAUGAAGGAGUAGGGGGAAGUCUGGUCAUAAGGUCAAGGUCUCCAACCAUCACGCCAGAAAAGGAUUCCAGCAGCACUGAUGAAGAGAUGGAUAGUUCUUUCAGAAAGAGGUACGCUCGAAGUGUCUCUUCCCCCUCGUCGCCAGACAGUGAAAGCAAUGUUCAAACUAGAGUGAAGAAAAAAAUAAUUCCUAACGAGAUUUUCAGUCGAAGCUUAAGCUCGGAAAAUUAUGACCCCUCCGAAAAUGGCAGGGUCAGGCGGGUGAGCGGGAAAUUCACAGUCGUUAAAGUUGAUGAGGAGCCAAGGGGUGACCACCAGCCUCUCCCAGAUGAAUCUCAAGGUACUGAUGGCACGAAAGGGAAAGAUCAAGCUUGUACCAAAAAGAAAAUUAUUCCAAAUGAACUUCUUAAUGUUAAUUGUGAGAGUGAUGUAACAAGUGGAUAUAAAGAACAAGGGAACACAAAUCAUCCAUCUAUUCAUAUAUCAGAUCUCAGUAAUGAGAUUGCGCAACUCACUAACGAGUCCAACAAUAACGAUGACACUGAGUUGUCAAAUGUAUCAUUUAGAUUAAGUCUUCAGGCCAGCUCUGACCUAGUUUCAGAUGUCGCCUCUACUCCUGGCUCUAGGCCGGAAACACCUGUUUGGGACUUUUACGACUUUAGUGUGGAGGAGGCUGAGAACAAAUCGGCACAGUCUGCUGAAAAUGAGUCUGCCUCUCCUGCAGAUGAUGCUUCUAAAGCCCUGGGUACGUUGCAGGCAAGUAUUUUGAGAUUGAGUCGAAAUCCUCAAGUGUUGGACACUUGCAGAGUCACGGGUCCAGUUCUACCCACAGUUAUGUUGGAUGAUUUUGAGCUGGAAGAUGAUUCCGAUAGUCAACCCAUUGAUGAAAACCAAUUUAUAUAGACUUUAUUUUUUUACUUGGGAUUUUUUUUUAUAAACGGAUUCUUCUUAAAGAACAGCAAAAAAGUGUUAAUUUAAAUGUUUGUAGAAAAAAAAAAUCAAAAUAUGGCAAAAACAAAUGGAUUAAAUGAUCUUUAAAGAUAAAGAACACAUUUUAAUAUUGAUAGAAAUUUGUUUUGUAUUUAUUGAUAUACUGUACCACAGAGCUAUUUAGGAUUUGUGGCAUUUUGUUUUCUCCCUCCCUCAAGUCCAGUCUCAAACAAAAUGUUUGAAUGUUUCACAUGA